AUGGCUUUACCUUUCCAAUUGGACCCCGAAGAGGGGCUUCAAGCCUGGACGAUGACAGAUCCCUUUUCCACCCGUACCACAGCCCCAGCAAGAAGUCUUGCAGAAAUCAGAAAGAACCAUUCCGACGCAGAUGUGAUCCGAAAGAGGUCAGCCUAUCGACAGCGAGUGUGCAUCUUGUCUGCACAGUUCAGAUUGAGGAUCUACAAGCAGUUUGUCACGUGCAAAAAAGCUAUGGAAGAGAGCACUGGCGAGAAGAUAGAUGUCAGCACGGUGGAAGGGCUGUCACAUAUCUGUCAACAACUUCUCUGGGAGAUAGUGGAGAGAUCUAAGCGGAAUAAGAGAGAUUCUAAUGGUAACAUCGUGACCAGAUAUAUGGGUACUCAGACACUGAGCAUAUACAGAUGGGGUAUCCAACUCAUCAUGGAUCGAGAGUGGAAAACAUCAUCCAGUUCCUCAAGAUCUAAUCGGGAUUUUAAUGCUUUCUGGGAAAGGAUCCAUACUUAUGUUGCUGAGCUCGUGGAUGAAUUUAGCCUCAGCAACGUCCGAAAGCACAAGUUGGCCCUCUACAGUCAAGACGUUGCUGUAAUGGUCAUGCAAGUCCUGGACAGCCCUGCUGAUUCGGACGUCGCGAUCCACUUCGCUGUCUAUCUUCUGAUGAUCCUGCACACGGCCGCUAGACCUUCCACACUACUCACCGGCAAAGGCAACAACUUUGCCUAUCGGUGGUCUGAUCUCACCUUUGUUCCGAGACGAAACUCCAGCAAGGUUGUUCUCGGAUUCGAUGUUAUCAUCCGAUAUCGGAACUUCAAAGGAUAUGGAUUCAACGCAUCCGUCGACAUCGCUAAAAAUCUGACACUGUACAUCCGUACCAUCCGGUCUUCAGAUAACAUAGUCUUCGAUCUGGGAUCCAUGCUCAUCGCACAUGGCUUGCGCCAAGGCGUAUUCGGAACAGACACCACCGUCGCCGAUCUAUUCUGCCUUGACAAAGCCAAAUUCCAGGCAGAACCCAAAAUUUUGGAACAUCCCGUCUUCUACGCUUCCUCCAGCCGUGGCUUUGGUCUGGAUAGGACAACACCUUGGAAAGGUGAAGCGGCCGGUAUCAAAUUCCGAGAAGUAGCUCGUCAGUGCGGAUUCUAUAAAUCGACAGCCACCGAAGACGAGAUCAUUGGAGCGUCCUCUAUCAGAAGAGGUACAGCAACUAGACUUGUCCAAGCAUUCGGACUCACGACAGCUCGGCUUAUUCUGGCACACAACCCAGGUUCUACUGUGUUAGAGAAAAAUUAUGAUCUAUCAAUAGAACAAACAGAUCUCGUUUCCGGAGUCAUGGGGGAGGAGGAGGAGGAGGCUAUCAGCGUGAAUGUAAGGCCGAAGAUGUACGAGAUCAGGUGUCCACGUCUCCGACUUCUCACUCACGGCCUCGGAGUCUUAACAGAAUGUGCACUACAAGGCUCUGAUUUAUGGAUGCAACAUGAUCUGUAUAAACAAAUCGCCGGCAUUUCCAGCUCUCAGGUCUGGGAAAUGCUGACAAAGACUAAAAGAGUUAUCAAACAGAGGGUCAGAUCCAUUCACGGUCUUCAAGGCAGACAAGCCUCGGCGAAUGAAGCCGCCCGUCGGGCCUCUCUAAAUGUGGAAGAUACGAUCCAAAAUCCGACAGAUUACAACUUGGCACUCAAGUCGCUUUCCGAUAAAGCGUUGCAGAGCUUUUGUGCAGAUUGUGCGGACGAUCUGGUCAACUUGCCACCUUUGAAUGAUACGGCCGCUGCUGAACCAGAAUUUCUCUACGUGGACAGCUCAAUAUCUAACGGAGACAUCAGCGAUAAUCAAGACCCAGAGACUGCUGAAGGAUCCGCUGAGAAAGAUGUUGCUGCACCCGCAGCUGGCGCUGGAAACAAACCGGAUGGAGAAGACAAUGAAGAAGCUGUCCCAUCAUUGGACAAGGGCAUCAGACCAGUUUUGGAAAGGGUUACUUCUGCCUUUGAAGCGACCAGAGAUCUAAAGUUCAAGUGGCUCACGUAUCUAUCGGAUCUGAAAGGGACGUCGGAGGAACAGCGUACAACCCAAAGUUGUCGCAGAUGCCUUGAAGAGCCGCAUACUUCGUACGAACUUCUCCAGAUAGAGUACAAUCCAUCCCAAUUGCGGAAACAUCUACAGCGGACCCACACGCCAUACCAUGAGACGUCCACAUGGUUACGUUGA